AUGAAUCACGCCCAAGAUUUGGGCGUGAGGAGCAUCGACUCCCAAUGUAGCCACAACAUAUGGGCAAAUUGCGAACGAGGCCAGGGGCUUUAUAUCGAUCCUAUGCCACCAUACAAUUCCAAGUUACAUGUCGGACCCGACUCUCUGCCCCAUCUUCUCUCUAUAUACCAAAGUCUGAAUACUCGCCAGGAAGAACAACAAGGUCCGCGAUCGGUGUCUUUCAAUCGGCGUACAAACCCUCAAACCAUUUUUGAGCUACUGUGUCUCCAGGAUUCCAGCUCCGGGUUUCCGUUUACCAACCUAUGGGGCCCUGAAGAUGGACCCGAGAAGGUGCUCAGUGCUUUGCCAGAAGAUGAAACCCUGUUAAGUUGCUUCCGCUUCUGCCGGUACUCGUUGUUUCGGAUUUUACCUUCGAUCAUCGACUUCCCCCGAUUUGAGACUACAUUGAACCAAUUUCUCGAGAAAAGGUCGACAUCUCUAACCGACGCAUUGUCCAAUCCCCCAGUUCAUUGUACCCCUUCGUGGUUUGCCGUGCUCUUCGGCAUCCUGGCUUGUGGCGUACAACUGUCAUCCUCGCAAACAGGCUUGGAAGUGAUGAAGGCUCGUGUAUUUGGUAAGGCCAUGCGUACAUAG